AUUUUGCUUAUGAUUUACUCGAUUACUCUGUUAUUGUUACAUUAACUUGAUUUACCAUUUUGGGUCUCUACAUUGGUCUUGACACAAGUCAAACAGUUUCCAAUUUAACUCAUCAAUUGUUUGGCUAAUUUAUAUUUAAUCAAAUUCACUGGUUUCCCAUUCUGGCUUCCUUAAUUUAAUUGUUGUUCACCUCGUUUUUAAUCACUUGUUUAAAUAUGACACAAGAUGAGGGUAAAAUUAACUUUGCCGCUGUUGAAGAAUCUGGUGGGUCGAGUCAAAAUUUUUUCGGCUUUGUUCUGACAGGAAUGUCCAUUGCACUAUUUCUGUUGACUUUCCCACUUUCCUUAUUUGUUACUCUCAAAGUUGUCCAAGAAUAUGAACGAGCUGUUAUCUUCCGAUUGGGACGAUUGUUACACGGCGGUGCCAAGGGCCCAGGAAUAUUUUUCAUCUUACCCUGUAUUGAAAAUUAUACCAAAGUUGAUUUGAGAACAUUGACAUUUGAUGUACCACCGCAAGAGGUUUUGACCAAGGAUUCAGUUACCGUUUCAGUUGAUGCAGUUGUUUACUAUAGAGUACAAAAUGCUACUGUUUCAGUGGCUAAUGUUGAAAAUGCUCACCAUUCAACUCGAUUACUUGCUCAAACAACAUUGAGAAACAUGCUUGGAACACAUAAUCUUCAUGAAAUACUUUCAGAUCGAGAAUCAAUAUCAAGUUCAAUGCAGCAAUAUUUGGACAAUGUAACUGAUUUUUGGGGAAUCAAAGUAGAAAGGGUUGAAAUUAAAGAUGUUCGCUUGCCUGUUCAACUUCAACGAGCCAUGGCAGCUGAAGCUGAAGCUGCCAGAGAGGCAAGAGCUAAGGUGAUUGCCGCUGAAGGUGAACAUCGUGCAUCCAGAGCACUUAAGGAAGCAGCGGAAAUUAUUACCCAAAGUCCAGCAGCUCUUCAACUUCGUUAUUUGCAAACAUUGAAUACAAUUUCGGCGGAAAAAAAUUCAACCAUUGUUUUCCCUGUUCCUAUCGAUAUGUUGUCCUACCUAUCAAAGCAAAAAAAUUUACCUACAACCAAUUAGCUAUACACAGUUAGUGAAUCAUAAACAAUAGACUAAACCUGAUCACCAUCAUGGUAACCAAGUAAAAAUUCAACUAAUCAAAGUGUUUACAAACAUCAAUAAAUAAAAACAAAGCGUUAAAAAUAUCAAUAACACAAUAAUACAUUUAUAAUGUGAACGUAAAGAAUCAAAAGAUGGCCAAGAUGAAGUGAAUUAUUGAUUACAUCUUUACAUAUCCAUAACAAUAAAUCACAGCACAAUUAUUUUAAACUACUCAAGUUGAAGUGUAACAAGUUUAUAAAUUUUUUUCAGACCUUUUACCAGAAACUAAUUCAUUGUUUUUUUCAACUCAACAAUCCAACAUUACCUUUCAAUGUUUUCAGUUUGUUUUAUCACUUCCAAUUACAUGUGGCACCACUAAUCAAACAAUUCCUUAUAAUUUUACAAUUUGCACGAUGAUUUUCAUUUAAUUGUUGCUUGUAUUUUACUUGAAUGCUAUUGUCUGUUAAAUAUACAUGUAAACCUGAAUACAAGAUUAACACAGUAAUUUGAUUUCAGUUCAUUAGGUUGAGGUGAAAAUUUUUCCGAUCAAUAAAAUUUCAAUGCUGUUUCCAAUCACUGUAUAUUUUAAAAUGAUUGGAGAUAAUUGGAAAAUGUCCAUUCAAUAACGAUUAAAAAGAUU